UCCCUCCAGGCUCCUGAUCCACUGCAGAGCCCAGGUCUCAGUACCACCAUAGAAGCUAUCGCAGUAUGAACCGAGCUUUCAACAGGAGAAAAGAUAAAUCUGGAGGGAUGACAGCCCCAGAGGCUUUGGCCAAGAAUCACAUAGUGUACAAUGUCAAGUUCCUUGGCGUAACAGAGGUUGACCAACCAAAAGGCACAGAUGUCAUAAGGAUAGCAGUGAGAAAGCUGAAGUUCCAAAGGCAUAUCAAGAAAUCAGAGGGACACAAAACACCGAAGGUGGAGUUGCAGGUGUCCAUCUACGGAGUGAAAUUAUUAGACCCCAAGACCAGAGAUGUACAGCACAACUGUCAGCUUCAUAGGAUAUCCUUCUGCGCGGACGACAAAACCGACAAGAGGAUAUUCACCUUCAUCUGCACAGAGCCAGAGACCAAAAAACACAUCUGUUAUGUGUUCGACAGUGAAAAAUGUGCAGAGGAGAUCACCGUCAGCAUUGGUCGAGCAUUUGACCUGGCGUACAGGAAGUUUCUGGAGUCUGGCGGGAAAGACGUGGAGAUGAGGAAACAGAUCGGCAGUCUGCAGAAAAGAAUUCUGGAACUGGAAACUGAAAAUUCCAAGUUGAAAGAACGACUUCAAGAUCUAGAGGAUCACAUGGCAGAUUGUCAAGGCUCACCGCUUCUACACUUGAACUCUUCUAACGAGGCCCACAUGCUGCCGAGUCCCUCAUCUAUGUUCUGGGGGGACAGUGUCAGCCUGAACGCCCUUUCCUUUCUAGAGAUGUCCUCUGUGGCUCUAACCCCAGCCAGCUCUCCAGACUCCAGUAUCUCCGCUGGUCUACUAACACCGCCACCCAGUAAACCUACCCAGCCCAGGCUACCACAGCAUUAUGGAGGUUGCUUACCUCCGCCCAGUAAACCUACCCAGCCCAGGCUACCGCAGCAUUAUGGAGGUUGCUUACCUCGACCGCGAGCAUGGAGCACCAUAUCCAGGCGUCCCCCGACGGACGUUUUCGACAUGGUUCCAUUCUCCUCAGGGUCUCCUAUGGCAAGGAAACCUGCCAUCAAUGGGUCCUCUCCUCCUCCUCCCUCCUUUUCCCCUCCUCCACCACCUCCACAUGUUUUCCUGAGAGAGAGAGGAACAGAUAUUUUGGGGGCGGAGCCUUUUGACCCGUUCCUCUGCAACACGUCCUUUCCUCCUGACGUCCAAUCUAAACUGGAUGAAAUGCAGGAGGGGUUCAAUAUGGGACUAACCCUGGAGGGCACCAUCUUCUCUCUGGACCCAGUGGACAGUCGCUGCUGACCACAACGCAACCCUAACAUGGACAGUUGACGCUGACCAA